AUGACUGCCGCCACUGCCCCCGCCCCCGCCAGCACCAACGGCCUGACCAACGGAUCCAAUGGCCACGCAGUGGAUGUGCAGCCGCACCGCGUCCUUGUCGUCGGUGGGGCCUACGCUGGUGUCGCCGCUAUACUCGGCCUGCUGAACGGCCUCGAUGGCAACCCCGUCCGCCCGGUCUACGGCGACUUCAAGUCCGACGUGCCCAAUCCCCGUCCAAAGACGCCCGUCGAGAUCACCUUGGUCGACGAGCGUGAUGGCUUCUUCCAUUCUGUGGGAGCUCCGCUUGCCCACGUGGCCAGGGGCUCCGUCGAAUCCUCCUGGCUGCGUUACAAAGCUCUGUGGCGCCUGAAGCGCAAGGAGCUGUCGAUCCGCCGCGGGCGCGUCAGAGAAAUCCGCCCCGAUGCCUUGUCUGCUACCUUUGUGGACUAUGACGACGACAACAAAGAAGUCACGCUCGACUACGAUUACCUACUCCUGGCCACGGGCUCGCGGAGAGAAUGGCCAAUCGUGCCCAAGGCCAACUCCUACAGGAGCUACGUGAUUGAAGCCCACAAACACAUUGCUGGCAUCGAAGUCGCCAAAAGCGACACUGUGGCGGUCAUCGGCGGCGGUGCCGUUGGGGUCGAGUUUGCCGGCGAGAUCAAGAGUCAUCAUCCCCACAACCGGGUGAUCCUGAUCCACUCGCGCAGCGAGCUGCUGUCCAAUGAGCCUCUUCCAUCCGAAUUCAAGGCUCAAACUUCGACCAUGCUGGAAGAGAUGGGGGUUGAGCUCAUCCUCGGGCAGCGUGCCAAUGUCAUUACUGAGGACGGCUUCUCCAAGAUCACCUUGACGGACGGCAGAGUCAUCAAUGCCGGCCAUGUCUUUCCGGCAACCUCACGGUACUCACCAAAUACCGAGUGCCUACCGCGUGAUGCUAUCGAUGAGAAUGGCUACGUCAAAGUCACUUCCCACAUGACGCUUAAAGAUAUCUCAAAUGCGGAGCGUCAUUUUGCGGCUGGUGAUAUCUGCCAUUGGUCCGGAAUCAAGCGCGCUGGACCUGCCAUGGUCAUGGGCCAUGUUGCAGCAGCCAACCUUUUCAACGCCAUCCUGAAAAGGGACGACCCAGAUGUCGAGGUUGAAGUGGCGGAGUUCCCCGAGGUUGCGCCCAUGAUGGCUUUAGCGAUCGGCUCGGCAGCAAUCACCUAUCACCCUGAUAAGGGUGUCUUUUGGGGUCCGGAGAGGUUGGCGGAAGUUUUUGGUAACGACCUGGGCUGGGCUAACACGCUGAGAUUUCUCGGUCUCUCUGACCCUGAGCCUUCCGUGGAGGCGUUGUGA